UCAAAGCUGUUAGCAGUGAAGUUCCAGAGCUCCAGAACCACGUGCUCGGCUACGUCAAGUCCAUGUCGCUCAAGUGCGCCGUGGAUCUCGGCAUCCCGGGCUCUAUCCACCGCCGCGGCGGCACCGCCACCCUGGCCAACACCAAGGUGCACCCGGCCAGGCUUGCCGACCUCCGGCGCGUCAUGGAGCUGCUCAGCGCCUCGGGUAUCUUCAGCGCCACCGCCUGUGCUACCGAUGGCACGGCCGCCGAAGUGCAGUACGGGAUGACCACGGCGUGCCGCUUCCUCGUCGGCUGGCGCAACCUGUCCCCCGUGGCGCAACCUGACCACAGCGAGCUCUUCCUCGAGGUCAUCCUUCUGGACAAGGGCCGCAUCUUCCGCGGCCUGAGCUCGCUCGUGGAUGUCGGCGGCGGCAACGGCGCGGGCACGCGGGUGAUGGCCAAGGCGUUCCCGCGCAUCAAGUGCGACGUGCUAGACCUCCCUCACGUUGUCGGCCAGGCCGCCGGUGACCAUGGCAACCUGCGUAUCGUCGCAGAACAUCAUGCAUGACUGGGGUCAUCAAGAUUGCGUCAAAAUACUUCAACUUGCAAGGAGGCUAUCCCUGCCAAGAACUCAGGAGGGAAGGUGAUAAUCAUAGAUAUGGUAAAGGGAUCUGCAGAUGGUGUUGGGACAAACCCUGGACCAGCUCGCCACUCAUCUUCUCUCACUCGCUCGGACGAAGGUGGAAGAAGGAGCACACUAGAUUUUCCCGG